UACUGUGCCCCCCAACUCGCAUCAAACUGAGAAGUUAGCGUCAUAGAGUCAGCUGCCCGGCGAGUUCCUAGGUACCGCUCAAAAACCCGCAAAGGCAGAGGAAUGCCGCGUUGCUCCGAACGACCAGGAGAACCUAUGUAUUUUUAACUUCCACAGAGUAAUGCCAGUAUUAACAACGUAGGCAACGGGUAACGUUACAUAUAGUUUCAGGUAGUCUCUAGUCGUUUCGACCAAGUCAUCUGUGUCGUAAAAGGGGCUUCCUCGCUGUGUUGAAUUCUCUUCAGAACCGGCAGCCGAUAACUGAUAAAAAAAGUGAAGAUGCCUCAAAAACAGAGGUCCAAGACCUGGACGGAGUUGAAACAAGCUGGAAAUGAAUGUUUCAAGGCAGGCCAGUAUGGAGAGGCCACCAAUAUUUACAGCCAGGCAAUCAAAGAGCUGGAGAAGUCCAACAAGAAGGAACCAGAGGAUUUGGGCAUUCUGUACUCCAACCGUGCAGCCAGCUACCUGAAAGACGGCAAUUGUGCGGAGUGUGUUAAAGACUGCAAUAUGUCUCUGGAGUUGUUCCCAUUCAAUGUGAAGUCCCUGCUCCGUCGUGCCUCUGCCUACGAAGCUCUGGAGCGCUACAGGCAGGCUUACGUAGACUACAAGACUGCUCUGCAGAUCGACUGCAACAUAGCUGCUGCUCAUGACGGCACCAACAGGAUGACGAAGGCUCUCACAGAGGCCGACGGCCUGUCCUGGAGAGAAAAGCUGCCCCCCAUCCCCACCGUGCCUCUGUCUGUCAGAGAGAAACUAGCCCAGAAAACUCCACCCAACGGUGCCCAACCCAACCCUACACCCAAACAGAACGUCAACAGACAGAUGAACAAACCUAUUCCCAGUGAUAAAGACAUAAAGAAAGCCCAAGCCCUGAAAGAAGAAGGCAACGCCCUGGUGAAGAAAGGAGAGUACAAGAAGGCCAUCGAGAAGUACAGCCAGAGCCUGAAACACAACCCGGCUGAGAUCACGACCUACACCAACCGGGCGCUGUGUUACCUGUCAGUGAAGCAGUACAGAGACGCGGUCCGAGACUGUGACGAGGCUCUGCUGAUGGACCGCAGCAACAUCAAGGCUCUCUACAGGAGGGCCCAGGCUCACAUGGGGCUCAAGGACAUCAAAGCCUGCGAGGACAACCUGAACAGCCUGCUCAAAGUGGAACCCAAUAACACGGCGGGCCUGAAGAUGCUGCAGGAGGUGCAGAAGAAGAAAUGACCACACAUCAGGGACUCGCCAAGGAUCUGUCACUGCACUGCGUACAGAAAGAAGAGGAAGAGGAUGUUUUGAUGAAGAGUCAGGAGACAGUGACGUGGUUCAGCCGCUUUAGGUCAAGGACUCGACCUGCGUUUCCCAAAAGUUUCAUUCACGCCGUGUCUUCUGGAAAACGCAGCUCUGGUUGAUGAGAACUGAGGGUGGAUCAGGAAGAAGCCUUGGCAGUGUUUGUAUUCUACCAGUUCUAGUGUCACUGAGUAUUUAUGGUUAUUUAUAAGAGCUAAAAUUAUUGAGACACAUCAUAAUUCGAAAUGAGAAUAAGCCUUUACCAUCCUCAUUGGUAAAAGUUCAGCAGGUAAUCAGCCAUCAUGUGAUGCUGCUGCCGGAUGCCAAACACGGUUGUUUUUUUCUUAGCUUUCUCAUAUCAGGCAACACCAAAGAUCAUCGACCAUAUGAUGAGACAUUAGAAAGCUUCCCAUUAACCAUAAAAAGAGGGAAAUCACCGACCUAAUGAGAUAUCAAAAUUAAAACAUUUGCACCGACUCACCGUAUAUACCAUCGCAUGUAGCAACUCAAAUUCUUGUUGCAAUCAAGCUAAUUAUUGGUUCUAUAAAAUAUCAAACACUCCAUCACAAUAAAUAUCUGAAUUGCUAAUUUUGUCGGACAAAUAGUCCAAAACCCAUAUAUAAUAAACAUAUCAAUGUUAGUAUUACAUAAAACCAAUUUGAGAAUCUAAGACCUUUGCUUGACAUGACUGCUAAUUCCAAACUCCACUCCUAUUUAGAAUUUCACGUAUUUUAACAUUGGUGAUUGUGAAGGUUUAUCCUGUAUUUGAAUUACAAGUAAACAACCAUUUUUCACUUAUGUGAAUGUCAUGUUUUACACUCAGGUAGUUUACUUAUUUAUCCUAUAUUUCUGAGGCUUUUGUUUGUUUGAAUGCAUUUCUGUGGAUUGUUCAGGAAGUGUUCCCGUCACAUGGAGGGAUGGUAGGGAGUGGCGUGUUUGACAUGGCAACGGGGGAGUCGGACAAAAAGGUGCAAAAUAGCACAUUUACAUCCGUGUUUAAGUACAUUUUGCUAACAUGAAGCGUCCAUGUUUUCUUUCCUUUUUGUGCAAGUCUGGAUUUUUCUGGAAAACUGACGUGAACUCAAACUGGUAGUUAUGCUAACUUUAUUACCUUUAGGAUCAAUUUGUUCCCUUGAAAAAUAUGAACCAAAGUAAAUCUAUCCUCAAAUGGCUCAUCGUAUCAGAAGUACUGUCCUAUUCUGCAAUCUGAUUUUGAACCAUUUCAUCGUACUAUUGUUAAACGAGUAUAAAUCUCAUCGGUGAUCCUGCUUUAGUUUGGCAAUCUCCAUCUUGCCUGAAGUGCCUGUCGUCAUCCUGUCUGCUGUUCUGCAUUAGUGUCUGGUUUAAAGAAAUAAAUACAUCUCCGCUUGCGUGUCUGCACAGGGUAACCACAGCCUGACACCCCUGGGAACUGAGCUCCUCAUGUUUGAUCACAUUUCUGCUGUUUUUGUAAUUUGCUAUUUUGUUUCUGUCCACCGGCUCCUGUUUUAACUGCAAAUAAACCGAAGAGAUGAACAGACCCAGA